CGUAAAUAUAAUGCAAAUGAGUUGCAAAACGUGUGGAUUAUGUGUUUGAAGGGUUAGUUUGAUUGAUAUAAAUGUAAACAAAAGUAAUCAUUGGUUUUGAUAUAAACUUACAAAUCAUUACAUAUUUGUUGUCAUUUUGAUUGCAAUCAUGUGUUAAAUAAAUUGAAGACAAAUACAACAACUGAAGACAUAGAUUGAGUUGAAGAUGACUUUCGACCUGAGGAUAGCCGUCGUCUGCAGCAGUAAUCAGAACCGAUCGAUGGAAGCGCAUAACAUACUCAGUAAAAAGGGAUUCAAAGUAAGGUCUUUUGGAUCAGGAAAUCAAGUGAAACUUCCCGGUCCUGCACAGGACAAGCCUAAUGUGUAUGAGUUUGGCACCACUUAUGAAGAGAUGUACAAAGACUUGUUGUCAAAGGAUAAAAAUUUAUAUACUCAGAACGGAAUCCUUCAUAUGUUAGACAGAAACAGACGAAUCAAGUCAUGUCCCGAACGCUUCCAAAUAUGUUACGAACAGUUCGAUGUCAUCUUCACUGUUGAGGAACGGGUUUACGAUCAGGUGGUCGAAGAGCUAUUGAUGCGAACACCGGUCGACAACACAGCCGUCCAUAUAAUUAAUAUCGACGUUCAGGACAACCACGAAGAGGCCACUAUCGGUGCGUUUCUUAUAUUAGAAAUGGCAGUAAUGAUGGCUCAGAGCAAUGAUUUAGACAAUGAUAUCGACGAACUCUUACAAGAAUUUGAACACAAAGCUGAGCGACCACUUCUGCAUACCAUUGCUUUCCAAUAGACUAACAAUAAUUUGUACAUAAUUUUAGUACACAUUAUUUAAUA